AUGUAUAUUAUUGGCUUUGUUGCUCUUGGAUUGAUAGCAAUAGCAAUUUAUUUCUUUAUAAUAAGACCUUUAACUCCUUUGUUACUAUUGAAACUUAAAUUAGGAGAUAAAGCAAUUUUAAUGUUUAAUCCAAUCAAUGGUUUUAUUGGAUUGCUCAUGAAUUCAAUCAAAAAAAAUCAUGAUGCUAUGGAAACAAUUUAUGCAGCUCUAAGAAGGAAUCCUAAUGCAAAGGUUAUAUUAUCAAAUUUGAUAUAUAAGCCUUGUAUUAUUCUUACAGGAUCAGAGUACAUUAGGGAUUCAUUUUAAGAACAUCAUAAUUUUGAAAAGAUGAACCCAUUUUAGAUAAAAUCAUAUAUGUAAAAAGGAUUAGUUUUCAGUGAAGGAGAGAGAUGGAAAAGAUAGAGAAAUCUUUUAGGUUCAGCAUUUACAUUUGAUAAGUUAAAAUCAAGGAUUCCAAUGAUGAAUUAAGUUGUUGAAGAUAUUGCCUUGAAAGAUUCUAAGGAAAAUUUAAAUGAAUUCAUUUCAAGGAUGACAGGUGAAAUCGUAAUAAAAAGCUUUUUUGGUGAAUUGGCAUAAGGUUUUAAAUUGGAAGGAAAAGAUGCUUAAAUAGCUUUAAUAGAAUUGACAGGAUCAAUGAGUUAAAUCUAAUUUGAAAAUCCAUUUGUUUUUAUUAAGUCAUUGAUAUUUAAAGAAAGGAUGUGGGACAUUUUUCCAUCUUAAAAAGAAAAAGACAUAGUAAGAAGAGUAGAUAAUGUAAAAAUGAAGGUGAAAGAGAUGAUUUUAAAGAGAAUUGAAUAACUAAGAUAAAACCCAAUAUAAGAUAAAGAUAAAAUGGUAUUCUUAGAUUUAUAUGUUACUGAAUACUUAUCAUAAUAAUCAUAAUAAAAAGAAUAAUUAAUAGAUAUUGAAGAGAUAAUACAUCAAUUCACAACACUAUUUUUUGUUGGUACUGACACAACUGCCACAGCUAUUGGUACUUGUUUAUAUUAUUUGGCUUAAUAUCCAGAAAUUUAAAGUGAAAUAUUAGAAGAAGUGUAAGAAGUUAUUGGAUAGAAUGAAAUUAAAGAAGAACAUUUAAAUAAGUUAGUUAAAAUUAAUGCAUUGAUUUAAGAAGUUCUAAGAUUAAAGAAUCCAUCCUAUUCUACAAUUUUUAGAAUAGUAAAAAAUGAUACAUAACUUUAAGAAAUUAAACUUAAAAAAGGAUGGGCUCUAAUAUAAAUGUAAAAUGCUAGUCAUAAAUAAGAGAAAUAUUUUGAUAAGGCUACUGAAUUUAAUUAUAAAAGAUGGUUAAAUAAACAAAAAUAAGUUAAAAACGAUAAUGGUUAUAUUUAUAUUCCUUUUGGAGCAGGACCAAGAAAUUGUAUUGGAUAACAUAUGGCUAUGAUGGAAUCAAAAAUAAUAAUAGCAUUGCUUGUUAGAAAAUAUAAAAUUAUUUUGAAUCCUGAAGUGUAAUAAUAGAUUAGAUUUGGUAUAAAAUUCUUAUACAUUUUGGAACCAGAUAAUUGUCUAUUAUUCGAAAAAAGAAUUUGA